AAUGCUGAUAAAAUGAUGAUUGCAUGUGAUGGAUUACUUAUAUUUGCGUAUUUUAUAACCACUUAUGCUGGCGCACGUUACUUUUGAAACUCAGAGUAAGCUGUCUAAAAGGAGAUUUUUUUUUCCAUUUUGCCAGCAGCCAUGACUUGAGGUCAGGUUUGAUAUUUUAACUGGCUAUUUUUCUACAUUAAUGUGAUUUCUUGUUAGUGGUGUAGGGUUCUGAAGGUCCCAUCGAAGGAAGACUGUGUUGCAAGCAAUAUUUAGUAUUAGUAAUGUAGGGUAAUGCUGCUGCCCUUGGGGCAGGAAAGCUGUGCUGUCAGCAUUAUUAUUGCUAGUGGUUAGGAUUAGUAACGCAGUAAUGCUGCUGCCCUUGGGGCAGGAAAGCUCUGCUGUCAGCAUUAUUAUUCCUAGUGGUUAGGAUUAGUAAUGCAGUAAUGCUGCUGCCCUUGGGGCAGGAAAGCUCUACUGUCAGCAUUUUUAUUGCUAGUCCUUGGCAUUAGAAAUGCAGUUUGUCAUUUAAUUAAAAUAAGUUUGUAAUUACUUUUAAGGGAUGUCAUUCUUUAUGUUAUUUGUAUAACAUGUAUAUUUUAGUUACACAAACACAGUGAUUUAACAUGGAAUGUUUGUACUUUGCCAAUUUCUCCCUCUUUCUCUUCAAGCAAUAUUUCUACAGAGAAACAUGAGUGUCUUACAGUCUAUGCGGUCCAGAGGAUUGCAAAGAAGACAUGCCAAAAUUGGAUGCGUAGGACCCUACCCACUUCACAUGGAAAGUUUUCAAUCCCUUGUAGAGAGCAACAAAGUGUCUGAUGAGACCAUGGAUGCCUUGUUCCAUCUGUUCAGCAUGAAGAGCAUCUUUGAACAUAAAAGGGAGGUUGUUGGUCCCUAUUUGGAGCAUGGGAAUCAUUGGACAUUUUUUCAUAGUAAUAUUGUGGACCGGAGUAUAACGUACCUAAACUCACUAGGGGAACAGGAUGAGCAGUACUCUAAAAUAGAAAAGAAUUGGAGUGCCUAUGCUGCAUCAAAAGGCUACCUGGGGCCAUGGAAAAGGAUAAAGCGGGAACAUACCCUUCAGACUGAUAGUAUUUCAUGUGGCAUUUUCACAGCUGUGUUUGCUGAGAUCUUUCUAGAAGGCAAGGAGGAGUAUCUUGCUUGCCCAUCUGUAGAGCAAGAGAGGGAACGACUAGGGUUACUUCUUUUCAAUUCACUUGAUAAGUCGGGUAUUUGUGGUAUCUGUCACCAGAGUGUGUCUGUGAAGAACAAGGGAAGAUGCUCUUCUUGUUUUGCAAAUAUUCAUACAAAAUGUCUACCUGGGAGUCAAGAGGACAGCAGGAGUCUUUGCAAAGAAGACAAGUCAGGAGAAAGUCACCAAAACAGAGGAGUUGAGACAGAAGACAGGUCAGGGAAAGUCACCAAAACAGAGGAGUUGAGACAGAAGACAGGUCAGGAGAAAGCAACCAAUACAGAGAAGUCGAGGCAGAAGACAGCUCAGGAGAAAGUCACCAAAACAGAGGAGUUAAGACGGAAGACAGGUCAGGAGAAAGUCACCAAAAUAAAGAUAAUGCAGGACAAAGCCAAGAAGAUCAAAGAGGGGGAUUUCUGGUGGAAAGUGCUCUAAAAGUUUCAGACUUUCACCAAGCAAAGAGAUAUCAGGUCACUUCAGAAGAACUACGGAGGAGAUGCUCUCCACCAGAGAGCUACUCUGUGAACACUGUGGUGGCUUAUCUGCGGAAGGCCAAAGGACAAAAAAAAAAAAAUUGAAGAGAAGUUGACAGAGAUGGAGGUGGAGCCAUCAAAGCGCAC